CUGUCCUCAUUUUACACUGUCUCUGUAGAGCUAUUCCUCCUAAAUAGAUCCCUAGUCCAUGUACCUACUUACUUGUGUGUGUUUAUACAUGUAGUUUGUUAGUUAGUUUUAAUUUUACAAAGACUACUCAACUCACACGAACCCUCUCCUGCCAUUCUAGUGCAUUUAGCCCUCUUUUCGUGUUUCACAGUCACUGAUUGUGUCAUUUUUUUACUUUUUGCAUGGCCACCAUCCAUCUCCAGCUCCGGACAGAUGAGAUGAAUGGAAAAGUAGAAGGAGAAGAUGAUGAGGAGGAAGAAUGUUUAGAUGAUGAGGAAGAAGAGGAGGAAGACGAAGAAGAUGAGGAAGAGCAUCCAGAGGAAGAAGAGGGUGAAAAGUGUGAUGAGAAGGAAGAUAUUCUAGAUGAGAAGAGAAAAGAGACGGAGAAGCAGGAGCAAAGCAUUACAGAGUCAGACGUACAGAAAAAGCAGAUUAUAAGAGAAGAAUCUGUUCCAGAUGGACCAAAGAAAGAUUCUGAUCCUGCUACCCUUAUAAAAGAGGAAACACAGUCAGAGAUGAAUGGAGUUACAGAAGACAAGCCAAAGACUCUUACUGGCUCCAGGAACAGGCUUUUUCUUUUCAAGAGAUCUUCCACCAAAGGCAAUCAGGCAGAGAUGUCCACAUCAGGCAAACCAGCAGCUGACGGCCCCCCUCAAAUCUCAGAGAGUUCUAGCAGUGCAAUGCAGAUCGGAGGCCAGACCACAGCAUCCAGUCGAUCACGUUCAGCCACUUGCAAUCUGCUUUGACACUUUUCAGCUGGGUUGAAGUUAUCUUCUGACUUGGGACCAUAACAAAAACUGCUGGAAUUAGCAGAAUCAGCAGUUUAACAAAGCAUCAUCCUGUUGGUGUUGGUGGUGUUAAUGGUACUGUGCCUUGUGCUGCAAAGCAGACCACAGAAAAUAACUUAGCUUAAACAAAACUGAGUUUGGGAGAUUAAUUUAAGUAUAGCUGUGAGCCAUAAUGGUUUUGUUUUGGUACUACAUUGUAUAAUGUUUCCCCUUUGUACUGUAUGUUUGCAGUGUCUAAUUUGUAUAACUUUUUUUAUCAAAUACAUUCUCAAAGUCAUUACUUGGGAGUAAAUUUACCAAUAUGUGCUGUAUAUCUAGAAACAAAAACAAUUAUAUAUGUAUGUAUGUUU